AUGGCGGCGGCACGGCCCCUCCGCCACCGUUCCGACGCACUUCCGGCGCGUGUCGAUGACGUCACGAGCCUUUUCCGGUGGCGCGCGAUGCGGGUUUUGGGCUUGUGCCGGUGGCUGCGGGGCGGGACGGUGCGAGUCCUCGGACGCGGGGCGGCCACUGCGAGUUCCGCGCCGCCCCCGCAGGACGGCGUCACGGUGGAGGUUCUCGACCACCUGGAGCGCCUGGCCCUGGUGGACUUCCGCGAUGCCGAGGGCGUUGAGCGGCUGCGGGAGGCGGUGCGGUUCGCUGAGCGGCUGCGGGAGGUGAACACGGAGGGAGUCGAGCCGAUGGACUCGGUGCUGGAGGACAGGUGUCUGUAUCUCCGGGAAGAUGACGUUACAGAGGGCAGCUGCACGGCAGAGCUGCUGAAAAACGCCAGAGAGAAAGUAGAGGAAUAUUUCGUAGCCCCACCAGGUAACAUCCCUUUACCAGAGCUGGAAGAACGAGAUACUGUCCUGAAGGGUUCGUGGUGAGAGAACUCAAAUGCCAUGUCUCUGUUUUAUUUGGGAAAACUGUGUUUUGUGUGGUCACAACUGAAAUACCCCAGCACGAAUUUGGAUCCACGGAACACUUGCUCUGCUAAACUUUCUGUCCCAUCCUUCUGUAAAUUCUCUUGGUGCUGAAAUACUUGAUGUUCAUGAAACUGGAAGGCAGCAUGACAAGUGCUUCCAUAUAUCAAAGCAUAUUUUAUGUAUUUUAUAUUCCUGAAUGACUUAAGGGCUUUAAAGAGAACAUUAAAAACUGAAGGUUAAAACAGAUAGUUUUAUUGAACUAGUUUGUUAGGAAAACAAGGGAAGGUUGUAUCCAACAUUUCUCAGCUGGCUGAGAAGCUUCCUCACUGAAGCUGUACAAAUCAGAGACAAGGUAAGGUCAGGCUUGUUGAGGAAAGGCAGUGACACAUUUGAAGAAUGCUUCAGCAAACCAGAACCAAAUAGCCCAGACCAUUCAUUUCCAGGCCACAGUAACUGGACUUAAAGGCGUAAAACCAAUCUUUUUCUUCCCAUGUGGUGCCCCUCCAAAUACAGAUUUAAGGAUCCAGAUUUAUUUCCUCUGGCUAUAAUGCCAUGCGCUAAAAAAGAUCACGACAUGCUGAGCCACAGUGAAAUUUCUGAAGAAGUGCUAGAAAAGACCCUUGAAGUUGUUGUAAUGGAAUACUGCUGGUCAGCAGUUUUAAGUCUGCUCUUGUGGCUCUUGAGAUGUGCCAGGACGGCAGGGUCUUCCACAGCUCCUGGCACAAACUCCUCGAGGGCAGAAACUCCUCCUCAGAUCAGAAUUCAGUGUCGUCCACUUCACACAAUGCAUGUUCUGUAUCUGAUUGCAGGAAAAAAAAAAUUACUCCCACUUUGCUUCUCUGCAUUUCUGUAUAAUGAACAACAGCAGCUUUGUGCUUGUGAUGCUUGGUAGAGGAGACGUUAAACAGCCAUAAUUGUAAUUGUUUCUCCUAUGGACUCUAUAUUCUACAUCCCUACAAACAAGACGUAAUUAAUAAACUAAAUCUCUUUCCCACUGUCAAA